AUGAAAAGCUCUCCUGCUGGGUUGGAGAGCGAGAGGCUCGGGGACGCGCCGCUUCAGAUAAAUGAAGCGGCCGCCGCAGUAGAUCUGUCACAAAUCGGCCUCAGUGUCGCCUCGGUUUUCUGUGAAGAAACAUCAACAACAACAUCAACAACCACAACAUCAUCUCAACAUCAUCUCAACAUCAUCUCAACAACAUCUCAACAUCAUCUCAACAUCAUCUCAACAUCAUCUCAACAUCAUCUCAACAUCAUCUCAACCUCAUCAUCUCAACAUCAUCUCAACAUCAUCUCAACAUCAUCUCAACAACAUCUCAACAUCAUCUCAACAUCAUCUCAACAUCAUCUCAACAUCAUCUCAACAUCAUCUCAACCUCAUCAUCUCAACAUCAUCUCAACAUCAUCUCAACAUCAUCUCAACAUCAUCUCAACAUCAUCUCAACAUCAUCUCAACAACAUCUCAACAUCAUCUCAACAUCAUCUCAACAUCAUCUCAACAUCAUCUCAACAUCAUCUCAACCUCAUCAUCUCAACCUCAUCUCAACAUCAUCUCAACAUCAACAUCAUCAUCUCAACAACAUCUCAACAUCAUCUGAACAUCAUCAUCUCAACAUCAUCUCAACAUCAUCAUCUCAACAUCAACAUCAACAUCAUCUCAACAACAUCAUCUCAACAUCAUCUCAACAUCAUCAUCUCAACAACAUCUCAACAUCAUCUCAACAUCAACAACAUCAACAUCAUCUCAACAUCAUCAUCUCAACAUCAUCUCAACAUCAUCAUCUCAACAACAUCUCAACAUCAUCAUCUCAACAUCUCAACAUCAUCUCAACAUCAUCUCAACAUCAUCAUCAUCUCAACAUCUUAA